AUGAGUGAUUAAACCAAUUUGAUUAAUUACAUUGUAAAAUUAGAGGCCACUUAUACAAAAUUAAAAUAAAAGAUGAUUAGAGAGAGGAAUAUGUUUAAGGGUGUACUUUAAAAUUUAUCAUAAAAUUUAGGGUUGAAAUGUAAUGAACCUUAUUUUGAUACGUUGGUUAUUUAAGAGGAGGAUCCCUUAACAAAUUGGAAUGUUUUACUUAGCAAAUAGGAUAAUUUUAUAAAAAUAAGAAAAGAAAUUACAAAGCAGGAAACAAUAUAAGUUAAAUAAAAGAGAAAAAGAAGAAUAAAAGAAGAGAUGCAAUAAUAAAUUAAAUAAAAAUGA